GGUAGCCCAGGGUAGUAUGAGGAACAGCAGCGGAGCUAAAGGGCAGAACCACUGUAUUUGUCACUGCAAUCUCAGAGAUUAAACACCUUUCAAGCCUAUCAUGACUUCAGUUGCCGUGUCUCCAACAUUGCUGUUCCAUCAAAUUUAGGAGGAGGGGGAAUGCAGAAGGCUGUGAGCAGGAGGCAGCUCUUCUCCAGUGCGAUGCGUCUCGUCCUGCGCUGGUCCCGGCUCUGCCUGCGAUGCAGCCGGCGCAGGUUGCCACGGCGACUGCGGAACCUGCUGAGCUACAGCCGGCUGCUGCUGCGCUCCCUGCAGUUCAACAGCCUCACCAACUCCGAGCUCAUCAUGGACUGCGUCUUCGAGCCCGUCUUCUGGCUGGUCGACCAUCUCACGCGCUGGUUCGGGGUGGUGUUUGUGUGCCUGGUGGUGGUUCUCACCAGCUCCAUUCUCAUGAUCGCUUACUUCUGCCUGCUGCCGCUGGUGCUCUACACGUACUCUCCCGCCUGGAUCGCCUGGCACCUGGGCUACGGCCACUGGAACCUGGUCAUGAUCGUCUUCCACUACUACAAGGCCACCAAGACCUCGCCCGGGUACCCCCCGCAGCGGAAGUUUGACAUUCCAUCGGUUUCCGUCUGUAAGAAAUGCAUCGUUCCCAAACCUGCCAGAACUCACCACUGCGGGAUCUGCAACACCUGUAUACUGAAAAUGGACCAUCACUGCCCCUGGCUGAAUAACUGUGUGGGCCACUUCAACCAUCGGUACUUCUUCUCCUUCUGCAUGUCCAUGACCCUGGGCUGCCUGUACUGCAGCAUCAGCGGCCGAAACAUGUUCCUGGAGGCAUACAACGCCAUCGAGCACUGGAAGAGCCUGGACAUGGAGAAGCAGGGCGUGCCCGUGAAGGGGGUGGGGCUGCUCAUCGGCAUCCUGCCCCCUGGAGCCAUGACUGGCCAGAGCUACUAUCAGACGUCACCUCCUCCAUUUACCUUCAGGGACAAGAUGUUCCACAAGAGCGUUAUUUACAUGUGGGUGCUGACCAGCACGGUGGCGCUAGCUCUCGGCGGCCUGACUGUGUGGCACGCAGUGCUCAUCUCCCGGGGCGAGACCAGCAUCGAGAGACACAUCAACAGCAAAGAGACCUCGCGUUUGAAAAAGAGGGGCAAGGUGUUCCGGAACCCAUUUAACCACGGCCGGCUGAACAACUGGAAGCUGUUCUUAGGCGUGGAGAAGCGGAGUCAUUGGCUGACUCGAGUGCUCCUGCCCUCCAGCCACGCCCCCUACGGAGAUGGGCUGACCUGGGACUACUCUCCGCAGAGAAAAGACUUGAUGGCGAUCUAAACCCAGCCAAUGAAAGGCUGCCUCUCACCAGAUGCGCCCUCUGCUGGCCCACCGGAGUAGCGCAUCCCCAGGACGCGUGUCGAGGUCGUGGUGCUGACUCGUCUCGCACAGGGAAACCGUCUGUGUGCGCUCCUCCGAUUUCCUGCUGUUCCAACACGCGUGUGUCAUGGAUGUGCGCUCUACGUGGAACUGAAGCGUCUUCUUGCACUUGAAACACAGGCCUUAUUACGGCAGCACUUGGCUGCUUCCUGUUCUAACGUGAUUGGCCACGGAGAGGAGGAGCUUAUUGUCAUUGGUGGGCAGCAUUUCUGAUGCAGAGGGAGGGGAGAGCGCCUUGGCUCCGGCCCCACCCACUCUCCCGUCAGAAGCAAUAAAGUGGUCGAGGAGAAUUUCAGCCAGCCAUUCUGACUGCUGUUUCCAUAACAACUGAGUGGAGCUGUGCUCCACUGGACAAAACACUGCAUUUUACCUAUUUCUGUUGUCUGUUGUUUCUAAUGACACUCAAGUUUGUGCCCAUUUAUUUUGACACUCUUGAACCCACAGGCCAAGUAAAGUACAUUGAACCUUUCUGUUAUGUGUUUUUUCUUGCAUUGAAUAUCAUUUGUUGAAACAAAGAUUGCUUUCUGUAACAGCUUGUGAUGUUUUGUGAGGCACUGAAUUUAAUUUCCUCAAAUGGUUCAGCUGGAAAGACUAGACGAGCUAUGCACAGGAAUGCAUCAAUUCCUGCUAUACAGAAUCAGACCAAAGAAGCUGACCUGGCUUCCGUAAAGCUAAAAUGUUUUGGCAAUGCUGGUUCAUAUGGCAGCGUAUUCAGAGACUUCAGAAAGUAUUCAGACCCCUUCACUUCUUGCACACUUUACUGUGUUGUAGAUUUCAUUUGAAGUGGAUAAAAUUGCCAUUUUUGCCCAUCAGUCUACACUCAAUAACCCAUAACGACAAAGUGAAAACAUGUUUUUAGACAAAGACUUGAGUCUCUCAUUUACGUAAGUAUUUGAUGGGCAAAAAUGGCAGCGCAUUUAUAAAUCUACAACACAACAGAGUGUGCAAAAAUGGAAGGGGCUGAAUACUUUCUCAAGCCAUUGGAUAUACUGCUAUGGCAAUUUUCUUCAAUUUAUGAACUGAAUUUCGUUAAUUUUCUCAGUAGAUUUACGUUUAAAUGAAGCGGACCCCUCUCCUGAUUGGGGUAAGAGAUGCACUAACUAGAGUCUACCACAUGAGGGCGGCAGCCUUCUCUGGCUGCAUUACUCAUGUAAUCCUGCAUAGGGCAGCAGAGGACAUCGCACAAUGGACCACUGGAACCGCUAUUAAUAUUAAUAACAACAUUACUAUUACUGAUCAUGUCAUUUGAAAAUGCACAUUUAGAUUUUGGUGGUGUUUUUUUUGUUUUGUUUUUUGUCGAAGAACAGAAAAGGUGUGGACUAUGUCCAAAAAGCCAUCUAUAAUGUUGAUUUGGUAAUGUGUGGUGUGUACCAAAGUUUCUAAUGAUUGGGAAAUUGUUGAUGUUGAAAUAAGUUUACAAAUAAACUAUCUAAAUCAAUUA